UUGAGCUUGGACGACAGCAAGCCUUCAGUAGCAAACACCAGUGUUACAUCAAUGCACAGACGUAGGCGCCUCUGUUGGCUGCUUAUGGACGAAACUGUGACUGAAUGAAACCGAAAGAGACUCAACUUAUACCAGCCCUCGGUCCUAGCUUGUAUAGACUGCUGCACCUCCUUCUGCUGGGCCAUGAACAAGCAGCCAAGCAAGGAGAGCCUGAAGGACAAGGUGAAGGGGAUCUUUGGGCUCGGACCCCCACGUCCGCCGAGCAAACAAACUGACGCCAAACCAUCUGAGUUUAUUAUUACAACUGACAUCAUCAAGGAGCUCCACCCGGACUGUGGUCUGAGCAACCGAGUUCGCAUGAUGAACCACGUCUGUGAUCUUGCAAAAACGAAGAAAUUUGAGGAGCACGCAGUGGAGGCAGUAUGGAAAGCUGUGGAGGACAUGCUGACUCCAGAACAGCCACCUGAGGCCAGGCACGCUGUCCUGCAGCUGCUCAGAGCCAUAAUACAGGGACAGGGUGAGCGGCUCGGCCCUCUGAGAGCCUACUUCUUCAAGGUGAUCAGAGACUACCAACCUUGCAACGAGGACCUCUCUGAUCGGCUGGAAGUCUUCAAGGCCUUAACUGAGAACGGGAAGGACAUCACCUAUCUAGAAGAGGACAUAGCACGCUUUGUCCUCCUGUGGAUGGACAUAGGUCUCACUUCUGACUUUCUCCACGUACUUGUAAAUCUGGUGAAGUUCAACAGCUGCUACCUGGACCAGAACGUUUCCAUCAUGGUCCAAAAAAUCUGUCUCCUGUGCAAUAGAACAACAUCUUCAACGGAUAUUGAGGUGGCUUUACAAGUACUGGAUGCAGUGGUUUGCUACAACUGCCUGCCCUCAGACUCUCUGACUGUGUUUAUCAUAACACUUUGUCGUACUGUAAACGUCAAGGAGUUUUGUGAAUCCUGCUGGAAGCUCAUGAGGAAGGUGUUAGGGACUCACCUCGGCCACAGUGCUAUUUACACCAUGUGCCGCAUAAUGGAAGAGAGAGUCUACAUGGAGGAUGCACCCUUGUUGAGAGGAGCAGUGUUCUUUGUUGGGAUGGCGCUGUGGGGCGCACACAGACUCCCCGCCCUCAAAAACACACCUACGCUUGUUCUGCCAUCUUUCUAUAAGGCUAUGUCGUGUGCCAAUGAAGUGGUGUCAUAUGAAAUCGUGCUCUCCAUCACCAGACUAAUAAAAAAGUAUGGCAAAGAGCUGCAGGUGGUCACCUGGGAUAUUCUGCUGGGCAUCAUAGAGCGACUGCUGCAGCAGAUCCAGACAAUAGGCAGUGCAGAGUUGAAGGCCAUCGUCUAUGAGCUGUUGACGACAGUGGAGGAACUGUAUGAGCAGAACGGUUACCAUGGCUCCACAGAGAAGUUUUUCAGUCUGGUGGAGAAAUGCGCUGAUAAGAGACCGGAUGCGUCAGUGCUGACCCUCAUCUCAUACAGGGCCCAGUCGAUCCAGCCUGCCAAGGACGGCUGGAUUCAGAGCCUUUACCGUCUCAUGGAGAAAUUCUUCAGGAACGAGACUCGCAGUGUGAUAAGGAUCAAAGUGCUUCAUAUCCUGUCCUUCGUUCUCAGUACCAACCGACAGCUCUAUGAGGACGAGCUGAUUGAAAUGGUAGUGAUUCCCCAGCUCAGUGGGAUUGCUGAAGACCGGGACCUGGCGGUCAGAAAACAGGCCACCCAGCUACUGGUGGAUCUCGCUGAGGGCUGCAACACACAUCACUUCACCAGCCUGCUGGACAUUAUUGAGCGGGUGGCCAGCCGCUCUCUGGUGUGUUCAGGGCCCUUGGAGGUUUCUGAGAGGGACCUCACAGCAGAGUCUCCUAUGGAGGACGUUAGGACUGCUAUACUGGGACUACUGGAAAUCCUUCAGAGCAAACUCUACAGCCUGCCAGCCAGCCAUGCCAGUCGUGUUUAUGAGUUGCUUAUCAGCCACUUGCAGCUCCACUACAAGAACAAGUACUGUUCAGCCAUCUCUUCCGGCAUUAGACUCCAGGUGUUUGACUUCUUCCUGAUGAUGCGAGCAGACUCCCUUCACCGUCUCGGGGUGCCUAACAAAGACGGGGCCAUGAGGUUCAGCCCUUACUGCUACUGUGACACAGGGGAACCAGAGAAGCGAGUCAGUGAGAAGAAGCCGACAGGUUCCACAUCUCCUCCGGCUGGCAGCACAGCUCCCCCUGCCGCUCCUCCCCCCUCUACACGCUCAGCCUACCUGCCCUACUCUCCUGCCUUCAGUGUUCUCCUGCAGUGCCUCAAAAUGGAGACUGAUUGGAAGGUGCUGAAGCUGGUUCUCGACAAGCUGCCGUGGACGCUGCAGUACAAAGUGCUGCUGCUCACCUCGCCGUGCAGCUUGGAUCAGCUCUGCUCUACGCUCUGCUGCAUGGUGACGGAUCGGCUGAUCUCAGAGCGCUUGAAGAAGACCCCAGAGGGGUUUUCACGAACUGAUGUUCAGCUGGCGGUGGUUCCUGUCCUCACAGCAAUCACCUCCUACCACAACUACCUGGAGCAGUCAAGACAGAGAGAGCUGGUUCAGUGCCUCGAGACCGGCCUCAUUUACCGCUGUGCCAAGCAGUGUGUGGUGGCCCUCACAAUGUGCACAGUGGAGAUGCCUGACAUCAUGAUCAAGCUCCUUCCCGCUCUCAUUGUCAAGCUUACCCACAUCUCUGCAACUGUUGCCAUGGCAUCUCCAAUGCUUGAGUUCCUCUCAACUCUGGUGCGCCUGCCUCAUCUGUAUGCCAACUUUGUAGCUGAGCAGUAUGUUAGUGUGUUUGCCAUCUCACUACCCUACACUAACCCUUCCAAGUUCAACCAGUACAUUGUGUCACUGGCCCACCAUGUGAUCGCCAUGUGGUUCAUACGCUGCAGACUCCCCUUCCGCAAGGACUUUGUUCAAUACAUCACAAAGGGUUUGCGUUCCAAUGCGCUGCUGCCAUUCGAUGACGGUCACGAGCAAAGUUCAUUUCGCGCCCGCAGCACCAGCCUUAAUGAAAGGCCCAAGAGUCUGCGAGCAGCAAAAGUGGCGAAGGCGGCGGCGGCGGUAGCCAAUAGCAGCAGCUCUCCAGUUAAAGAGCUGAGGGACCUGUCAGCCAUGGACGCUUUCCGUUCCCGCAGCAUCAGCGUCUCCGAACACGCGGUCCGCAGGAUGCACACAUCAACCACCACCUGCAGCCUGGGCUCUGCUGAUGAAAACGCGGUGACUCAGGCUGAUGAGGGGCUGAAGACCGUCCACUUGGAGCUCACUGAGACCUGUCUGGACAUGAUGGCACGAUAUGUGUUUUCCAACUUCUCAGCGCUGCCCAAGAGGUCUCCAAUCGCAGAAUUUCUGUUGGCAGGAGGUCGCAGUAUGACCUGGCUGGUGGGCAACAAGCUAGUGACUAUAACGACCAGCGGAGGGGUUAGAACGCAAGCUCUGCUGGGCCUGGACAUGGCUGAUCGGCUUGGAGGAGGAGGAGAAAUGACGAGGUCAGAUCCAUCACUACACACCCGAAUAACCAAAGAGGCUCCAGCCAAAUUGGAGUCACAGUCAAGUCAGCAGCACAACAGAGCCACACGCAUACGGGUCCGCUCCAUGUCAGGUGGUCACGCUCUACGUGCUGGUCCUGCCCAGAGUCUCAGCCCGCUAGUUUCCCCCUCCGAGAGUGAGUUAGCUGCUCCGCUGUCUCCCUCCUCGGGUCCCACCCUGGAUGGCCUGGGUCCUCCCUCCUCCACCUCUGCCACCCCAUCUGCUCCCCCACCUCUCAAAGACAACCCCAGUCUGGCUGAGUUUGUCCCCAUGCUCACUCAAGGCUGGGCAGAGAUCUUCAUUCGAAGACCGUCUGGCAACACGAGCUGGCUGAUGUGUUUGGAGAACCCACCCAGUCCCUUCUCCUCUGAGCUCGGCAACAUGCCGCUGCAGGAGCUCUCUACCGUCCUCAUGGCGAUGGAGGGAGUGAAGGAACCUCCUGCCCAGACAGCCAGCGCCCCGGCCAGCACUGCUGCCCCCGCACCAGCCCCCGUUUCCGAGCCCUUAACCCAAACACACAGCAGUGUCAGAGGGGAAGCACACCUGAUCCAGCGCUCUAACACUGUGGGUGGCUCUCUCUGGUCUCUGGGUCUGGGCUCUGCCCCCCCAGGCCCUCCAGCCCCUGGCAGGUUGCACAGGAGCAUUUCCUGGGCAGACUCCGUGGUGGUGCUAGAGGAGGGGUCAGGGGUCACCACAGCACACACCCCAACUGAUUGGUUAGAGAAUGACGAGUUUGAACCAAUGCCAUCUGAUCCCAUCUUCAUGUCCACCGAUAAAUUCACGAAGACGCCGGCUCCUGGGACACUCAGCAGGUCCUCCUCCACCUCCAGUCAAGAUGAUGAAAAGUCUACUCUGGAGGAAGUGAGUGAGGGAGCCAUUCCCAUUGAUCAGCCUACUGUGGGACCUUCCACACCAGGCAGCCAGGGGCCCGAGCUUCCAUUCCAGACCCACACUCAGUCCCAAGGUCACGGACUCAACAAGUCCAGCUCCUCUCCAGAGCUCCAAACUUUACCUGAAGCCUUCUCCAAAGCUGCUACGGAGCCAGAGACUGCAGCAGGAGACGCACCACGGCCCAGAGCACCUUCAGAGGGCAAGCCGCAGCCGCAGCCUCAGCCUCAGCCUCAGCCACAACCACAGCUGCCUCAUUUUGAGAAAGAUAAGGUGGAGGGAAGUUUAGCAGGGGAUGUGAAUGGGCUUGGAGGACAGAGUCAAGCAGGUGAAGGCCCGGCUGUACAAUCGUCUCAAAGUGGAGGAGCAAGAAUGAGGUUGGAGUUUCCAGCAGCUGCGGCGCAGCCUGGACCCAUUUCCCCCAGCGGAGGCCACCGCCCCCGGGGUCACACCAUCUCAGUAUCAGCCCCGUCCUCCAGGAGAGAGAGGAGGACAGAGAGGGACUCGUACCACAGUCGACCCGGACCCAGCAACACAGAGAAGAUCUCUGGACUGAGUCCCAGCUUUGUCUUUCUCCAGCUGUAUCACUCUCCUUUCUUUGGGAAUGAAGCCAACAAGCCACUGCUGUUGCCCAAAACCCAGGUGAUUGAUCGUGCUGUGAAGGUUCUGGACCAGAUGCCUCCUUACGACACCCAUAAGAUCGGAGUGGUGUUUGUUGGAGCUGGUCAGGUUAACAACGAGGUCGCCAUCCUGUCAAAUGAGUACGGCUCAAACCGCUAUGCCGCUUUCCUGACAGGCCUUGGCAAAUUAAUCCAUCUGAAAGACUGCGACCCGGACCAGAUCUUCCUCGGAGGCCUCGACCAGUACGGAGAUGAUGGAGAGUUCACUUACUGCUGGCAUGACGACAUCAUGCAAGCUAUUUUCCACAUAGCAACACUAAUGCCAAACAGGGAGAGCGACAAGGGCUGCUGCAACAAGAAGCGUCACAUUGGCAAUGAUUUUGUCAUGGUUGUGUACAAUGACUCUGGGGAGGAAUAUAAACUGGGCACCAUAAAGGGUCAAUUUAACUUUGUAGAAGUGAUUAUAAAACCACUGGAUUAUGAAUGUAACCUCGUCACCCUACAGUGCCGCAAAGACCUUGAAGGGUUAGUAGACACAACUGUGGCAAAAAUAGUUUCAGAUCGCAACCUUCCACUCUUAGUCAGACAGAUGGCUCUGCAUGCAAAUAUGGCCUCUUUAGUGCAUCAGUACAGAGCCAACCCCUCUGAUGCGUACGCCUCCAAGUGGCUCGCAAGAUUACGACACAUUAAGAGGAUCAGGACCAGGGCUCAGGAAGAUAUACAGUCUCGCUCAACUCCCGGCAUCUCGCUGACCCAAGGACACACUCAGCAGAACAAGUCGUUUCAGCAGAACACUCCUGCGUCAAACCCAGAAACCUCUGGGCAGAGGAAAAGACUUGUAUCAACAGUGGAUGAUUUCACUGAUUUUGUUUGAAUACACUUCUUAAUCCUGGCAGACACACAUGCACACACUCACACACACACACACACACACACACACACACACACACACACCUGCCUUAGAGCUGAGGUGAAUUAAGUUUCACCUGUAUGCGUGGAAGAAUUCAGGAUGAAGUUCACACACUGAUUUUGACUUAAACUGAUUGGGACUUUGUAAUGGAAGACUUACGAGCUUAAUGGAUCAUAUUAAAGGCUUAUUUUGUGAAGCAUUGAUCUGUGAACACGGUAUAUUCUGCAUAUUUUUUGAAAGAUUUGAAAUGCUGACACGUUGCACUUAUAAUAUAUAAGUAUAUUAUUAUAAAAUCUAAUCAAGACAUUCAAGUGCAUAAAAAAUGACCAUGAAAAAAUGUGCAUUUGUGCUCUUCUUUGUUCCCUAAAGAAAGAGAAAGAAGCCACCACUUAUUAAUGUUGUUUAUGAGUUGAAUAAUAUCAGUUGGCUGUGUCAACUGCAUAAACCUGUAAUACAAGGUAAGAGAAUGAUUACUUUACUUGUGAUAAUGUUUGACACCAAAACCAUUUUAUUAUGCGCAGUUCAGCUGUCAAACUCUUUAUUCGACUUUGUCAAGUGCAAAAGCAUGAGAAGUGCUACAACUGCAAAAUACACAUAUGAGAUACAAAAAAAAAAAAAAGGAGCAUAGACAAAUAUUUUCAAAGACAAAUUCGUAACACCGUUUUCAAACUUAAUGCACCAAACAACACGAAGAAACAGCUAGGAGACACAAAGGUGGGCUUUGGCACUUAUCUGUUACUCACUGCACACACAGAGCAGGAAUAUGAAGGCCAAUGGAGGCGGUAACUAUUCAGCUUCCUGUAGUUUCUGGUUGAACCCCAAAAUACAUCAAUAGCUUUGGCUGUAGUGCUUCAGUUCGACUGGAGGAAUGUAAAAAAUGCGGGGUUUACAACACCAGUGCUUGACCUAUUCAUGUGCCGUUGCAGCACAUAAACAAUACUGAUCCUGAAAAGCAAAAAUAUAUACACCAUAAAGCACCAAUAUAUACAGAAACGUACACACACGUGAAGCUGGGUCUUUGUCAUUCUUUUUACGUGAGGUCCUGGAACUUGUGAGAUUUAAUUUACUGGGCAGGAAAUAGGUGAAUGCAGGUAAUGGUCCAAUUUAAACUAAUUUAGGGCGUUAACAUUUUGCUCUUUUCUUUCAUAUAAUGUGAUUAAAACGGGGCCAACACUUGCUGUAGAAACUUCCCAGUGUUUUGUCUGCAAGAAGACUGAAGCCAAAGUCCAAAACAGGCUGGGAGUCAAUGAUUGAACUGCAAAUGAUAUGGAUUGAAAAAUACCUGUUAAGCUUCUACUUUUGGUUGUCUUAGCAGGUUUUGAGAAAAAGGUGGGUUCCCUGAGAUCUGCCCACUGGACACAGGAAGUACGCAUGUUGAUCAAAAUAACCAAUAGAAAAACAAGAACGCUAUUAAGAGCAGACGAGAGUACACGACACAACUGCGAGCUACUGCUUCCAUACCUUGAUAAUACUUAGUAGAAUGUUUCUAUAAUGUAGCUAUUAAGAAGGAG